GAAUUACCUAACCUAGAACCUAUUUUUGAUACAAUGUACGCGUACGCACUUCUGUACCAUAUAUAAACAUUACAUGCAAGUGACUCCUUUUGCCAUAAAGUUGAAGUUUUUCUUCGUACAGGUUGUAAUUAUAAGACCAACUAGAAAAACACACAUAACGUUAUUAGACUCAUUGAAAAUGUUAUGAGUAUAAUUGUUUGCAUACCUCCUAACCUUAUACCUUAUAACGGACACCACCUCUACCCAUUGCUAUCCCAAUGACUACUACUACUACCCACUCCCUAUCCUUUCCUCCGAGUCUGCUCGAUAAGGGGACUGCAGAUUCACAAACCCCUGAUAUCCUCAUAUUCUUCAUUCCCGGGAACCCGGGACUUAUUGAUUACUACGAAUCCUUCUUAUCAACUCUCCGGAAUCUCCUGGAUGAGGCAGAAUCACUUCGCCACUUACGAUUUCACAUUUACGGCCAGAACCUUGCCGGCUUCGCUGACAACGAUCACGAACCUUUCACCUCGGAGAGGCCACCUUAUAACCUCGAAGACCAAAUUCAGCAUACGCUUAGAGCCCUAAGUGGGCUCCGCAUCGACUCAGGACCGCGUAAAGGCCAUCCGUAUGACGAGGUUUUACUUAUCGGACAUUCAGUAGGCACAUAUAUUGCCCUCGAGCUUUUCCACCAGCUCUUACAAGAUCCGAUUUUGGCCCCGCAUCUGAAUCUUGGUUCCGGAAUCCUGUUGUUCCCAACUAUUCACCAUAUAUCAAGCUCCCCGAGCGGGAAGAAACUUGACCUUCUACGCCGAACGCCUAUACUCGGGGACAAUGCCUACCGGAUUGCUCAGACGUUCCUGCAUCUAUUGCCCCGGGGCGCCCUCCGGUGGAUCGUACGCAGCAUACUGGGAUUUCCUGUCCACGGAGCAGAUGUAACGACGCGCUGGCUUAAGAGUCGGGACGGAGUGUGGCAAGCUCUACACAUGGGCAUGGAUGAGAUGAGGGUUAUCGGGGAGGACCACUGGGAUGAAGAGUUAUGGGAAAUUGCCCACGAAGCAGAAACACAUGAUAAGGUUAUACCCAAAUUCUUUUUCUUCUUUGGCAAGCACGAUCAUUGGGUUGCAAACCACUACAGGGACGACUUCAUCCAGAGAAGACAGAAGCAAGUCGAACGCACGAGGCUCAUAGUGGAUGAAGGAAACAUCCCCCACGCAUUCUGUAUAAAACAUAGCGAGGUCAUUGCUGAAAAAGUCAAUUUAUGGAUCAACCAGAUAUACAGUCCUAGCUAGAAAACGCCACUAGGAUUAUGGGAAUGCGACGAAUGGACUUACAACCACGAUGGAUUAUUUUCAAGCUUUUAAAAACGCUAUCGAAUAGCAGCAUAUCUUCUAACGUUACGAUACUUAGGUAAACAUACAACUGCAACGUCACGAAUAUCAGCUAGUCCUCCCUUACCUGAAAAACAUCGGUAAACUACAGGAGAGUCCAAAUCAAAUAUCUUCCCUGACAAGGAGGCAACGAGACAAACCCGGU